UUGACCUCAUAUACUCGCAUAAUGAGUAAUUGACGCAUUGUGAUUCGUUGAUUCGUUAGUUGCUUCCACCUUUUAGAAGUACAAGUGAGGUCUUGAAGUUAUUUAUUAUUUAAUUUAUACAAACUUCUUUUCCAAAAUGAAGCGCAUUUUAUUAUUGUCGGUUUAUGUAGUGGUUUAUUUAAUAGUGAAUACAGUUGCAUUACCUAAAGAUAGCAGUGUUCUUAAAACGGAAGAUGUGCAGAGUCAUUAUGACUCACCCAACAAGAUAGAUCGAUUGGGUUCCGAAGAAGUUCUUGAAACUGAACCGAGACUUCCAAACCGUGUUCCAUGUGAUUUUGAAGAAGCAACAGAGGAUACUAUAUGUCAGGAACAUUGCUUGCCGAAAGGAUACUCAUAUGGACUUUGCAUUAGCAAAACCUGCAGCUGCGUCUAAUAAUU